UCCUUCCUACGGGCCUGCAGCGGCAGCAAGAUGGCGGCACUGAGGGCUCUGGGGCAACUCCGGACCCUGGUGGCCCCCGUGCUGCGGCCCGGCCCUGGGGUCCGGCUGACGCUUCAGCCCAGCAGAGGUGCACGGCAGUGGCAACCAGAUGUGGAAUGGGCAGAACAGUUUGGGGGGGCUGUCAUGUACCCAAAUAAAGAAACAGCCCUCUGGAAGCCCGCACCCUGGAAUGAUGUGGACCCUCCAAAAGACACAAAAGUGGCCAAUGUGACUCUAAACUUUGGGCCCCAGCACCCAGCAGCUCAUGGAGUUCUUCGACUAGUGAUGGAACUAAGUGGAGAAAUGGUGCGGAAGUGUGAUCCCCACAUUGGCCUGCUUCACCGAGGCACUGAAAAGCUCAUUGAAUACAAGACUUACUUGCAGGCCCUUCCAUACUUUGAUCGACUGGAUUAUGUGUCCAUGAUGUGUAAUGAACAAUGCUAUUCCUUGGCUGUAGAGAAGUUACUUAACAUCCAGCCUCCCCCCCGGGCUCAGUGGAUCCGAGUGCUAUUUGGAGAGAUUACACGGCUGCUGAACCAUAUUAUGGCACUGACAACACAUGCCCUGGAUAUUGGGGCCAUGACUCCCUUCUUCUGGAUGUUUGAAGAAAGAGAGAAGAUGUUUGAGUUUUAUGAACGAGUGUCAGGGGCACGAAUGCAUGCAGCAUACAUACGUCCAGGAGGGGUGCACCAGGAUCUGCCUCUUGGGCUCAUGGAUGACAUCUAUGAAUUUGCCAAGAACUUCUCUCUUCGAAUUGAUGAGCUUGAAGAGAUGCUAACUAAUAAUCGGAUUUGGCGGAAUCGAACAGUUGACAUUGGAGUGGUAACUGCAGAAGAUGCCCUUAACUAUGGCUUCAGUGGGGUGAUGCUUCGAGGCUCUGGGAUUCAGUGGGACCUGCGGAAGACUCAGCCUUAUGAUGUGUAUGACCAAGUAGAGUUUGAUGUUCCCAUUGGUUCCAGAGGAGACUGUUACGACAGGUACCUGUGUCGGGUAGAAGAGAUGCGUCAGUCUCUCCGGAUCAUUCAUCAGUGUCUUAACAAGAUGCCUCCUGGGGAGAUCAAAGUGGAUGAUGCCAAAGUGUCGCCACCAAAACGGGCAGAGAUGAAGACUUCCAUGGAGUCACUAAUCCAUCACUUUAAGCUCUAUACUGAGGGCUACCAGGUUCCACCAGGUGCUACAUAUACUGCCAUCGAGGCACCGAAGGGAGAGUUUGGAGUAUACCUGGUUUCUGAUGGCAGUAGCCGCCCUUAUCGAUGCAAGAUCAAAGCCCCUGGCUUCGCUCAUUUGGCUGGUUUGGAUAAGAUGUCUAAGGGGCACAUGCUGGCAGAUGUGGUAGCAAUCAUAGGUACCCAGGACAUUGUAUUUGGAGAGGUAGAUCGAUGAGCAGGAGAGCAACAACUUCUCUCUGCUAUAUCCUCACUGAUUACCAUCUCCUGAGAGAAACGGGAGGGCAAGACAGAGGGAGAGAAAAAGUGUGAGAUCGAGAGAGAGAGA